UUCAAAAUUGUACCGUGGAACCCCACACAAAUCUUCCUCUUUCUUUAAAGCGCUUCGCCGUCGGAAGGAAAGCUAAACGUACCCAACCUGCAAAAAUUCUAGAGCUUUCUUUCUUUCUCACUGCAGCGCGCGAUAAGUACGCAGCAAGAACAGCCCUGAUGGGUGCGUAGGUUGACAGAAUUUGAGCGCAAAUUAGCAAAAGCAUCGCCAACAAGACUGUGAUAUGCUUGGUGUACUCUGCGCACGCCCCAAGCCUAACUGGAUCCUCAACUCCCUCUUCACUCAUUUCCACCAUCAACACCACCACCACCAAAGCAACGACCGCCUUUCUUUACACCUCCCCCAUUCCUUCACCGCGGCUCGCCGCCACCACUCUAGCUUUUGCAGCGCUGAUUGCGGCGGUGGAGGAGCGGCGGCGAUAUGGCACGUGGUCCAGCCGGCGGAUUGGCGGAGGAGGAGGGGGAGGAGGAGUGUGAGAGGGGAAGGUUCGUGGAACGUUGCGUGGGAUGGGAGACCGGCGAGGUGGCUCCACCGGCCUGAUUCGGCUUGGUUGUUGUUCGGCGUUUGUGCUUGCCUUGCUCCGGCGAUUGAGUUAUUUUGUGACGUGAAUAUCGAGGGAGGUGAAAAUGUUGUCGUUGAUGUUGAUCAUCAGGAGAAGGAGAGAAUUGACGGUGGUGAUUUGAAUGCGAGUGCAGUGAAUUCUGAUGAUGUGAAACAGGAUAGCAGUAGCUCUACUGCUGGUUCUGAUUAUAAAGUCACAGGGGUGCUGGCGGAUGGCCGAUGCCUGUUUAGAGCAAUUGCUCAUAUGGCAUGUUUGAGAAAUGGAGAAGAGGCUCCUGAUGAAAAUCGUCAAAGAGAACUCGCAGAUGAAUUAAGAGCUCAAGUUGUGGAUGAGCUUUUAAAGAGGCGGGAAGAAACCGAAUGGUUUAUUGAAGGAGAUUUUGAUGCAUAUGUCAAGAGAAUUCAACAACCUUAUGUAUGGGGUGGAGAACCUGAGUUGUUGAUGGCUUCUCAUGUUUUAAAGACAAUGAUAUCAGUGUUCAUGAGAGAUAGGACAACGGGUAAUUUGGUAAACAUAGCAAAUUACGGUGAAGAGUACCGGAAAGAUGAAGUCAAUCCCAUUAAUGUGCUGUUUCAUGGAUAUGGUCACUACGAUAUAUUGGAGACAACCCCAGGUCAAAGUUACAAGAAAGUGGACUUGUAGAAAUUGAUGUGGUUUUUUUAUUUUUACAUGCUUUCGAUCAAUUCAAUCGAAAUAAGAGUCUAUCUCAACUUCAAUGGAUUCGCUGUCGCAAGCUCUGUUUGAGCGACAUAGUUGCAAACUUUUUGUAGGCUCCAGGAUUUUUAUGACUAUUUUUGAAUUAUAGAUCAAUACAACAAGAAAUUUUUCUGGGUA